GUCAGAGUUUCCCUCUCAUGUAUUCUGUCACUGGGUGAGUUCAGAAAAAUGGCUGAGGUGAGUGUUUCAGUAGAUCAGCUUUCAGUGGAUCAGUUCACCUGUUCUGUGUGUCUGGAUCUCCUGAAGGCCCCAGUGACUCUCUCCUGUGGUCACAGUUUCUGUAAGGUGUGUAUUAAUGGCUGCUGGGAUCAGGAGGAUCAGAAGGACGUCUACAGCUGUCCUCAGUGCAGAGACACUUUCACACCAAGGCCUGUUCUACGCAGAAACAACAUUCUGGCUGAAGUGGUGGAGAAACUGAAGAAGACUGAAGUUCAAGCUGCUUCUCCUGAUCACUGUUACACUGGACCUGGAGAUGUGGAGUGUGAUUUCUGCACCGGGAGAAAACACAAAGCCGUCAAGUCCUGUCUGGUGUGUGUGGCUUCGUUUUGUGAAACUCAUCUCAAACCUCAUCUUGAAAUUCCUGUUUUGAAAAAGCACAAGUUAGUCGAAGCUUCUGGAAAUCUACAAGAGAAGAUCUGCUCUGAACAUGAUGAAGUGUUGAAGAUCUUCUGUCGUUCUGACCAAAGCUUCAUCUGUUAUCUGUGUAUGAUGGAUAAACACAGAGGUCAUGACACAGUCACAGCUGCAGCAGAAAGAACUAAAAAACAGAGUGAGUUAAAGAAGGAGCAGAUGAAAUCCCAGCAGAGACUCCAGGAGAAGCAGAAGAAGCUGCAGGAGCUGAAACAGACUGUGAACACUAUAAAGCUCAGUACACAGACAGCAGUGGAGGACAAUGAGAGGAUCUUUACUGAGAUGAUCAGCUCCAUGGAGAAAAAGCGCUCGGAGGUGACGGAGAUGAUCAGAGCUCAGGAGAAGGCUGAACUGAGUCGAGCUGAACGACUCCUGGAGCAACUGGAGCAGGAGAUUGAUGAUCUUCAGAGGAGAGUCACUGAGAUGGAGAAGCUUUCACACACACACGAUCACAUCCAUUUCCUCCAGGAAAUAAAGGCUUUAGUCUCUCGUCGUUGCUCUCUUCCAUACAAUAGACAAAAUUUUCAGUCUGAUCUCUGUGAGGAUUCAUCCAGCAUCACUUCCAAUCAACAUCUCUCAUUUGAGAGAAUGAGGAAAUCUCUCUCUGAUCUGAAAAAGAGACUCGAGGAAAUCUGUCAGGAGGAAUUCAUCAAAAUCCCCGAACAUGUUGAGGACGUUCAGACUUUACUCUUAGAGCCAAAAGGCAGAGACGAGUUUCUAAAAUAUUUCUGUGAUCUGACUCUGGAUCCCAACACAGCAAAUUAUCACCUCAUUCUGUCUGAGAACAACAGAGCAGUGACGUACACCAAGACAAAUCAGCUGUACUCUGAUCAUCCAGAGAGAUUUAACUACUACAGUCAGGUGUUGUGUAAGGAGAGUGUUUGUGGACGCUGUUACUGGGAGGUGAAGUGGAGCAGUCAGAAACACGUGUUAAUAUCAGUCUCAUAUAAAGACAUCAGCAGGAAAGGUCGGGGUAUUGAGUGCUGGUUUGGACGCAACAAUCAGUCCUGGAGUCUGGAAUGUUCUCCUUCUUCUCUCUUCUUCUAUCAUAACAGCAUUAAGACUGAUCUCAGAGUUCUAUCAUCCUCCAGAAUAGGAGUGUAUGUGGAUCACAGUGCAGGAACUCUGUCCUUCUACAGCGUCUCUGACACCAUGAAGCUCCUCCACAGAGUUCACACCACAUUCACUCAGCCUCUAUACGCUGGGUUCUGGCUCAUCUGGAAUGUUUCAUGUAAACCAGAAUCAACUGUGAGGUUGUGUGAACGAAAGAAAUAAUGGGUUUGUGGUGUUUUAAACUCUUUUAAAUUUUAAACUCUAUGAACUUUACCUAUUUAAUUAGUUACUUAUAGGGAAAUGGCCUCUAAUCACUGGGGUUUAUGUCUGGAAAUGUAAAACUUUGUAAAAAUGGUAAUAAUGUUGACUCUGUCUGGGACCUGAUCAAGGCUGUCUCCAUGGCAACUUGCUGUGUAUCGCUAUGACAAUCUUGCGGACUGAGGCACCGAGAUUUGAUGCUGGGAGCAACGACUCUCCAGGCCUACACACUUAUACAUACACACACACACACACGCACAUAUAUAAAGAUAUGCACUCACCCAUCCCCCCACCCCAUCCCACGCCUUCGCCGCUUUGUACCGCCAGUCUGACAAGCGGGUCUGUGACCCUGAAGAAAAAGGCUGCUGGACCUGAUGGCUAAUUUCAUGGUAAAGAUCAAUACAUUUGUACACACUGUCAUUAUUUGUACACACGAGUCUCUGACUGUACAAAUACUGAGGACUUGACAACUUGCUGUCAUUAAUGAACAUGUAAUCCAUAAUUUGUAAUGAAAACGUAAUCCAUAAACAUGUAAUCCAUAGCUUUCUGGGGAUUUUUCAGGCUCAUUACCAUGUUUUCAUAUUUGUUCUUUUUUAAGUUUUCAGGGCAUUAAUUCUC